AUGAAUGACACUGUAGACAAGCUUGUAAUCUUUCUAGCAAAGAGAGAUGGCAUCGACAAACUCGUCAAGACUUUUCAAUACGUAUCAAAACUUGUUCAUUGGCAUGUCAACGAAACACACCCUGAUGUAGCCUCUAGGGCCAAGAAAUGGGAAGUGGCAGCCGGUCUAAGCCGGAAGGCCUUCCGAAGUGGACGAUUUCUUACCGGAUUCAAUGCAGUAAGGCGGAAUCCGGGCCCCACCAAGACUUUCCGGUUGCUCGCCGUGCUUUCAAACGCGGGUGAAAUGGUAUACUUCUUCUUUGACCACAUUCUUUGGCUGUCAAGAAUUGGUGUGUUGGAUGCAAACUUGGCAAGGAGUAUGAGUUUCAUAUCAGCAUUUGGUGAGUCCUUUGGUUACAUAUUUUUCAUCAUAUCUGAUUUUAUACUCAUUCAAGAGGGGAUUAAGACAGAAAGGAAGAUAAUUAAGUCAAUGGAAGAAUCCAAGGAUUCAAAGGAAAAAAUCAAGAAAAUUAGGGUUGAUAGGGUGAUGAGAUUAAUGGCAAUUGCAGCUAAUUUAGCAGAUUUGAUUAUUGCAUUGGCUGAUGUUGAACCUAAUCCCUUUUGUAACCAUGCUGUUACACUUGGAAUUAGUGGNGAGUAUUGCAUUGGCUGA